AUGCCGCCGAUCAAGUUCCGUCCGCCGAAACCAGUGCAGUUCCGAGUCCCAAGAGCGGCAAUUCCUGAGCUGGAGCAGAAGCCCAUCAUACAUAUGGGCAAGACCCUGAUAGCUCAGGAGGCUAAGAGGAUAAAAGCUGAGCAUUUGGAGGAGGCUCGGAAGAUACUCCGACGAAAGCUGGGAAAGCACGACUACUGCAUCAUGCUCGUCCAUGCUACUUAUCCUGUCACUAACCGAGUAGAGGGGACUAAGCGAGGGAAGGGCAAGGGAGAAAUAGCUUAUCAUGUGGCUAGGGUCCCUGUGGGCGGGGCUUUAUUUCAAAUCCCGGGUGUCCCCGGCCUACCAGGGUUGGCUCCUGAUUAUAGAGGCUUUUCUGGGAUACAGGGCAGAUUCCCUAUAAACUGCCAGUAUCGGAAUCAAACGAACAACUUCAAGAUGGACAGAGUCUGUGCGGAGGUGCCAGCAUCGGUCCAGUUGGCCAAGUGGAGACGACAAGGUCUGAUAGGAGCAGCAGCCCCAAGCUCUGCGUGA